CUUCGUUUGCAUAUAUCUAGGUUUACCUCCCUAGCUCCAGCUGAAAAACUCAAUCAGUCACUGUUAGGUCAAAUCUCGAUCCCCAAAUCCACAGAGCCCCCAUGGCGAAGUUCGGCGAAGGCGACAAGCGAUGGAUCGUCGAAGACCGUCCCGACGGCACCAACGUCCACAACUGGCACUGGGCCGAAACCAACUGCCUCGAGUGGUCUCGCACCUUCUUCAACAACCAAUUCUCCAACGCCGCCGUCCUCUCCGGCGAAUCCAACCUCUUCGUCAAAAUCAACAAGGUGGAGAAGCUCGAAGGCGAGGCGUACGUGAACGUGCGCAAGGGGAAGAUCAUCCCCGGCUACGAGCUCAACGUCUCGCUUUCCUGGGAAGGCGAGGCGAAGGAUUCGGAAGGGAAGACGGUCUUGAAGGCGGAGGGUGCGGUUGAUAUGCCGUACAUCUCCGAUGAGAAUGCGGAUGAGGAUCCCGAGAUUAGGGUUUCGGUGAAGGAUGAAGGGGCGAUUGGGAAGACGUUGAAGGAGGCGAUGGUGACGAAGGGGAAGGUGAUUGUUCAGGAGAAGGUUAGGGCUUACGUGGAGGCGAUGGCGAGAGGAGGUCCUUGUAGGGAUGAGUUGGAGUCUAAGAAGGCGGCUCCCAAGUCUGCGGCUGCGCCGGCGGCAACCGUGGAGAAGACUAGUGCUUUGCCUGCUGUGGUGGUGGAGAGUAAGGUUGUGAAGGAGAAGAAGAAAGUGAAGACGAAGGAAGGGUUCAAGACGAUUACUAUGACUGAGAAGUUUAGUUGCAGAGCUAAGGAUCUGUAUGAGAUUCUGAUGGAUGAGAAUCGUUGGAAGGGGUUCACGCAGAGCAAUGCUAAGAUCAGUAAAGAUGUGAACGGUGAGAUUAGUUUUUUUGACGGGUCGGUUACUGGGACGAAUGUGGAGCUUGAAGAAGGGAAGUUGAUUGUUCAGAAGUGGAGGUUUGGGAGCUGGCCUGAUGGUCUUGAUUCAACGGUGAAGAUCACUUUCGAGGAACCUGAAGCUGGAGUCACCGUUGUCAAUCUUACUCACACUGACGUUCCUGAAGAAGACAGAUACGGGAAUGCGACUGUGGUGGAGAACACGGAGAGAGGAUGGAGAGACCUCAUCUUCCAUAGGAUCCGUGCCGUUUUCGGGUUUGGAAUGUGAUUUGUGAUUUUGCUUAAUCAAAUAACAAAAUCAGCAUUGCUUUAUCUACAAGUUUGAUUGUGAUUUCAAUUCAAAACAAAAGGGACUUAUAAACAGUGCAGAAGAGUGUAUGGCUUUUUAACAUUUAGCUUAUGCAUUUUCCAUGAA